AUGUCUUCGAACCGAACAGAUUCUGUACAGGAUUGUGCCACUGAACCAGCUUUCCCAUUGUUUGGGAAACUCCCAACAGAAAUCAGAUUCUUGAUUUGGAAAUUAGCAGCUACCAAUCAAGCUCGUCGAGUGGAAAUUACAGACAAUGAGUUCCACAUUGAGGUCUCAUCACCUGCCGCUCUACUUGUUAACUCCGAAAGUGAAACUAUAUCCAAGGAGGUACUCAGCAAGCUCUUCGAUGGCCAAACAUUUACAGGUAAGACGCAUGAACCAGAGUGCGACUCGAUCAAAACUCUUGAGCUGGAAGAAGACCUUGGGAUGUGGAUGUACAAUGCUGUUCAUUUUGGAUCCUUGGAUCAGUUGAUCCUCCGUAUUGGUGAUUAUACUGACGACCGUCGUAAUCGCGUUUUUCUUGAAGCCAUAAAAUACUAUCAAGACAGGCUGGCACAUGGCAAUUGCACCAAAGUCCCUGAGAUCAUCUUUCGUGUUGAACAGGGCUUACCCCCGUAUGCGCCCAAGAUUAAUGGAAAUAAUCAUGCAGUAAACCCUCGACACAAUAUGCAUUUACCGUUAAUAUCUAUCCACAUAACCGACGGUAAAGGUCUGAUUCACAAGAUUUCCAACAUGUCUUCAAAAGAUCAAUAUCCAGGGGCGCUUUGCUCACCACAAUCAUCACUCUCAUGGCAUUUAGCAUUCUUCCCGAUUGGGGACGUGUUCUUUUCCCUCAAAGCAUCAAGUCAAAUGUUGACCAAUUUCGGACAAACUCAAACUUAA